AACUCCAGCAAAGGGCCGAUCUGUGGGAACCCUGGCCAGCAGCCUCCCCUCCCUUCCCCCGGGUGGAAGGAGCCAGGGGCGGGGCCAGAGAAAGGGUUGUGGGGGGAUCCGUCCCCAGCGCCCCUCCAGUCACCACCCCACCUUCCAGCUGCGAGAACAGAUGGACGCAGCCAGGGCUCACCUCGGGGGCUCCUUGCCCGCUGCGCGCCGAGAUCCGGGGUCUACACCUCUGCUUCCCUGACCAGGAGUCACCAAGAUGCCUAUCCUGGAGAAAACCCCCCAAAAUAUGGCAGCAAAAGCUGCCAGUACUGAGGAGGAGGCGGGGCUGCCCAAACUCCCCGUGCCCCCGCUGCAACAAACCUUGGCCACUUACCUGAGAUGCAUGAAGCACCUCGUCCCUGAGGAGCAGUUCAGGAAGAGCCAGGUCAUUGUGCAGCGGUUCGGGGCUCCCGGUGGCCUCGGGGAGACCCUGCAGCAGAAGCUCCUGGAACGGCAAGAGAAAACGGCCAACUGGGUGUCUGAAUACUGGCUGAAUGACAUGUACCUCAACAACCGCCUGGCCCUGCCUGUUAACUCCAGCCCAGCUGUCAUCUUCGCCCAACAGCAUUUCCAGGACACCAAUGACCAGCUAAGGUUUGCAGCCAACCUCAUCUCUGGUGUGCUCAGCUACAAGGCCCUGCUGGACAGCCACUCCAUCCCCACCGACUGCGCCAAGGGCCAGCUGUCAGGGCAGCCCCUCUGUAUGAAGCAGUACUAUGGGCUCUUCUCCUCCUACCGGCUCCCCGGUCACACCCAGGACACCCUGGUGGCCCAGAAGAGCAGCGUCAUGCCUGAGCCAGAGCACGUCAUUGUGGCCUGUUGCAAUCAGUUCUUUGUCUUGGAUGUUGUCAUUAAUUUCCGCCGUCUCAGUGAGGGGGAUCUGUUCACUCAGUUGAGAAAGAUAGUCAAAAUGGCUUCCAACGAGGAUGAACGCUUGCCUCCAAUCGGCCUGCUGACGUCCGACGGGAGGAGCGAGUGGGCUGAGGCCAGGACGGUCCUCGUGAAAGACUCCACCAACCGGGACUCGCUGGACAUGAUCGAGCGCUGCAUCUGCCUGGUGUGCCUGGACGGCCCAGGAGGCGUGGAUCUCAGUCACACCAACAGGGCACUCCAGCUCCUGCACGGAGGAGGCUGCAGCAAGAAUGGGGCAAACCGCUGGUACGACAAGUCCCUGCAGUUUGUGGUGGGCCGAGAUGGCACAUGUGGAGUGGUGUGUGAACACUCCCCAUUCGAUGGCAUUGUCCUGGUGCAGUGCACUGAACACCUGCUCAAGCAUAUGAUGAAGAGCAGCAAGAAGCUGGUUCGAGCAGAUUCAGUCAGUGAGUUACCAGCCCCCAGGAGGCUGAGGUGGAAGUGCUCCCCGGAAAUUCAAGGCCUCUUAGCCUCCUCGGCGGAGAAACUUCAAUGCAUCGUGAAAAAUCUUGACUUCAUUGUUUAUAAGUUUGACAGCUACGGGAAGACAUUCAUCAAGAAGCAGAAAUGCAGCCCUGAUGCCUUUAUUCAGGUGGCGCUGCAGCUGACCUUCUACAGGCUGCACAAGAGGCUCGUGCCCACCUACGAGAGCGCUUCCAUCCGCAGAUUCCGGGAGGGACGGGUGGACAACAUCCGAUCUGCCACCCCCGAGGCCCUGAGUUUCGUGAAAGCCAUGACUGACCACAAGGCUUCUGUGCCGGAUGCGGAAAAGCUGCUGCUCCUGAGAGAUGCUAUCCGAGCCCAGACGGAGUACACAGUCAUGGCUAUCACUGGGAUGGCCAUUGACAACCAUCUGCUGGGGCUGCGAGAGCUGGCACGGGACAUAUGCAAGGAGCCUCCGGAGAUGUUCACAGAUGAAACAUACCUGAUGAGCAACCAGUUCAUCCUCUCUACCAGCCAGGUGCCCACCACUAUGGACAUGUUUUGCUGCUAUGGACCUGUGGUGCCCAAUGGUUACGGAGCCUGCUACAACCCGCAGGCAGAGAGCAUCCUUUUCUGCAUCUCCAGCUUUCACGGCUGCAGAGAGACCUCUUCCACGAAGUUUGCGGAAGGGGUGGAAGCGAGUCUCCUGGAAAUGAGAGACCUCUGCAGUCCAGCCUCAGAAACCCCAAGCAAACCACCCGCCACAAAAGAAAAGGCAGCGAGGCUCAGCCAGGCCCAUUAGCGUUGACCCCUGGGACUAGGAUUCGCUUCCUCCCCACCCAGCAAUCUGCUACCCCCAGAUCCUACCAACUCCCCCGCUUGCCAACCCUCGUCCUGGCUUCUGUAGCUCCCAGUCCUCAGGGCCCAGCAUAGACCAACCUGCUGGAGGCACUGCACAGUUUGAGAGUUAGAGGAAAGAGUCCCCCACUCUGCAUGAGGCUCCUUACUCUUCCCAGGAGCCCUCUGCACGGACACAGAGCCCAGCUGGCACAAAGGUGGCCUGACCGAGGUGAGGGAAGUCCAUGUAGAUUUCCCCUCCAAGACCUGGAAGCUAAUAUUCUUAUUCUUUCCCCAGCAAGCACUAACGAGUUCAGGAGAUGCUUUUGCUCAACAAAUGA